GCAGCCAAGCUUGCUUGUGAUAGAGAUGAUUAAAGUUCUAGACAGAGAAACUGAAUAGAAUUAAAACCCUAACAAACAAUUGGACAGAGCAAAAGAAGAAGAAUCGUAGAGAUAGAAGAGUAAUGGGUAGUUUUAGAAGAACAGUGGGUAAUGUAAGGUCUUUUAUGAGUAAUUCAAUGGGAGGUUUAAGAGGAGGAAGUAGUCUUGCUUCUUGGGUUGUUGCAGGAACUUUAGCUUAUUUUAUUUGGGUUAAACCCUCUCAAGAUCUGAGAAAACAACAAGAGGAAAGAGCUGCUCUAGCUGCAGCUUCAGCAUCAUCAGAUCCUUACCGGUAUGUCGAGAAAAGAAAACCCAUUCCCGAUCCACAGGAUAAUGGAUUAAUAUAUGGGAAGGGAAACAAAACGGAGAAACCGGAGGAGUAAUUCAACUUACAUUCAAAAUCGUUGAUAAAUGGAUUCAGAAAUUAAUGGUUGAUGUGUUUACUGGUAUAUGAUUCUCACUCUCCGAGUCUGUCAUUUUCCCGCCGCUGUAAAUGUUUUUUGUUCCGUCCUUAUUGUAUUUACUGGAUACUCCAUCUUGUACAGGGUUGAGCUUAUAAGUAAUGAUAUAGGACUCCCUCGCUCGCACACUUUGCUCGUGCGGUGAGUGUAAUUCAAUUUAGUUAAUGUAUAAUAAACAUGGCACACUUCGUGUGCAGUGUUUCAAUUUAGUUUGUGCAAAAUAAUUAUAAUUCAAAAUAUUUUUCAGAUA